UAGAUUAAAUGAUGAAAAAAAAUUUACUUGUAGAAAAUAUAAAAUGGUUGGAUCUCGUCAUCUCCAGGGAACUAUUAUAACUCGUGUAAGACAUCUGCUAGCAACAGGGAGUUUAAAAACACCUCCUUUAUGGUAUGAUAUUGUGCUAAGAUUUCCUCCUCCUAAAACUAGUUUAUUAUCAUUAGCCGAUGAAGUACAGUGUGAUACUCCUAUACGAAAAAUCGUCCUUCCAAUGGAUGACGUUGUGCGAGAAUUUUAUAAAGCCUACCCUCAGGCUCGUCGUGAUCCUGUUUCUUUAUUGCAAGACGAUAUUGUUAUAUUAGAGACCAAAACCGAUUCAUUUUUAAAAGAAUAUUACAAACAUAUUGAAAAAAACGUUACACACGAAGAAGCAAUACGGAUUUCUAUAGAGUCUUUUUCAAACUUAAUAAGUAAAAGAAAAGACUAUGAGGAGCUAAAAGAUGACCAUCAGUACGAUAAUGAGAAGAUUUUUAACAUGAAUGCUGUAAUGGACUUGUUUUUAGAAAGAGAUAAGCCUCUAUAGCAGUGAUGUUUUGUUUAUAUGCAUGUUAUUUUCUUAUACUAAACGAAAUUUCAUUUAUACAUUUUUUAAUGUGUAAUAUGUAAUUAUAUAUUAUUUUGAACAGAAUUUGAAAACACGAGAAACAUCACAUGUUUCUUUCA